UGCAGUUUGAGACUGUCUUCCACACCAACAUCUCAUCGCUGUGGCGCUAACUUAGUGAAGAACUUGGCUGGACAGUAUUACCUAAUUACCGCAGCUCAUUGCACAAGUGAUGUCAGACCUGCCAGAUACGUUGCUUACUGCGGUAUUCACGACACAUCCGCUUCAUCCCAGCCCUACCGAUUCAUUGCCUCUUUCUCAUCACUAGUCAUUCAUGCUCAGUACAACAGCUGGACCUUGGACAACGACAUAGCCGUGUUCAGACUGUCCACUCAGGCACCAACCAACAAUUACAUCUCCGCCGUCUGUCUUCCCAACGAAGGAUGGUCCGAAGGCGAGAGGGCAAUCGUUGCUGGCUGGGGUACAUUGACCUCAAGUGGUUCCGCUCCCUACAAACUACAUCAGGUGAGCAAGCCUAUCAAAUCCAGGGCCACCUGCCGACAGAGAUACGGAGCCUCGUCCAUCACCGACCGGAUGCUCUGUGCAGGUCUACCAGAGGGUGGUAUUGACUCUUGCCAGGGUGACAGUGGUGGCCCUCUGUACACAUACAGAGAAAACAGGUGGACUCUGACCGGUAUAGUGAGCUGGGGCUAUGGCUGCGCAGAAGCCGGCAGACCAGGUGUGUACGCUGAUGUCUUCGCUUUGAAAGCUUGGAUUAACACAUACAUAAACGUUUAA